AUGGCGUCCAUGGCACCUGAGGAGCAGGUCAAGUUCUUGGUGACUUGCAUCAAGCACGGCGGCGGCGGUGGAAAGAUUGACUUCGCUGCCGUCGCAAACGAGCUCGACAUUGUCAGCAAGGCCGCCGCUGCCAAGCGGUAUGAGCGCCUGCUCAAGUCAUACAACAUCCACCCGGGCUCUCUCACCGUCACCAACACUCCUGAGAACACCCCAAAGAAGAAGGCCGCCCCGCGCAAACGCAAGGCUGCCGACCGCGAUGCGGACAACGAUGAUGACGAUGCACCAAUCACGCCUGCUACCAAGAAGGGUCGUGUUGCCAAGCAAGAGGGCCCCGUCAAGGACGAGGAGAUGCUCGACGUGGCCGAUAAU